AUGCUGAUCCGACGCUGUUCCGCCAUACCCAAGAACUUUCCAGUCACUGAAAGCAUGGUCUUCAUCCAUGGUCCACAUACCCUGGAAGAGGAAUUAAAGAAUGAAAACAUAUACCUGUGUGACUACAAGCUUUUGGAUGGAGUGGAAGCAAACACCAUCAACGGGAAGAAGCAGUACUUGAUGGCUCCCCUCGUCCUGCUCCAAAGAACACCAGAUGACAAGCUGAUGCCAAUCGCUAUUCAGCUGAAGCAGACUCCUGGCUACAACAAUCCCAUCUUUUGUCCUACUGAUUCUGAGUACGACUGGUUGAUGGCCAAGAUUUUUGUGAGAAGUGCAGAUUUCAACUUCCAUGAACUCAAUAUUCACCUGCUGCGCACACAUCUGCUGGCUGAAGUUUUUGCUGUAUCUCUACUGCGAAAUGUGCCCAUGGUGCAUCCACUGUACAAGCUGCUCAUCCCUCACACUCGCUACAGCCUGCAGAUCAACCUCAUGGCUCGAAAUCGGCUCAUUUCUAAGGAUGGUACUUUCACAGAGUACACAGCUUGUGGUGGAGAGGGUAUGUUCACAAUCCUGAAGAGAUCAAUGGCCUCAAUGACCUACAGCUCCCUCUGCAUACCAGAUGACAUCGCUGAGCGUGGGAUGGAGGCUGUACCCAACUACUACUACAGGGAUGAUGGACUCAAGCUUUGGGAUAUCAUCCACAAGUUUGUGAAGGGAAUCCUCAACUGCUACUACAAGAGCGAUGCUGACGUCGAGAAAGACUCUGAACUGCAGAAGUGGAUUUCAGACAUUUUUGUAGAGGGAUUCCUUUCCAAUGCAAAGACAGGAAUUCCCCAGGGCUUUUCCACCGUGGCUGCGUUGGUCAAGUUUGUCACCAUGGUGAUCUUUACCUGCUCGGUACAGCACUCAGCUGUGAAUUCUGGACAGUAUGACUAUGGUGCCUGGAUGCCUAACACUCCCAUCUCCCUGCAACUUCCUCCACCAACCACCAAGGGGACAACAAGUGAGGCCACCAUGCUGGAGACGUUCCCUGAUGUCAAUGUGACAGUUCAGGGGAUGGCCAUCAUGCAUCUUCUCAGCAAGCAAUCCACUGACUUU